AUGGCAUUAUACGUAGACAGACAGUUGUGUCCAGAAGAACGUCUCAAAUUACUUCUCAGUAAUUGUGGAAAAGUGGUAAUCGAUCCAAAAAUCAGUGCCAAAUUGUACUUCAAUUCCGGCCUCAAUAUGUUCCAACAAUUUAACCUCUACUACAAUGAUCAAGCGUGGGAAAACGCCUUUUACCUUUUCCUCAAAUACGAAAUACUAUUUUUCGAUAAAAUCAAAAAGCAUCCAGAAUAUUCCAAGAUUCCUGUCAAUAUUAAAUCGGUAAUCGCUUCAAACUUUCGACUGAUUAAGCCUAAAGGUGAACAUGCUAAGCUGGAACUUUUUAAGCAAUUUAGAAUGGAUUACAUUGUUUAUGUGGAAGAAUUGAGAAUAAAGAAGAAUUUGACUAGUGAUUCUAAUGAGGAUUCCACAACAAGCGAAGAAAGCAAGCGAGACUUAUCGAGAAGAUCCACCGGAUCCACUGUGUCCGCCCCUACAUCUCAAACCAAUGGCAUGUUAAAAAGAAGAAAGUAA